CUGACGGGUACGGGCUUUAUAAAGCUAUGCUUUGAUAAAGAGUUGGCACCUCGCUUGCAAGGGCAGCUUUUUUUUCGAAAGCAAGUCGUUUUCGCGCGAAAAUUUCAACUAUUUUAACAGAGUCUGAGAAAACCGCGGAAAUCGAGCCCACAUAACCCAAACCCGGAUAACUGAGAAUUCAUUAAUCGGAUUACUUAAUUUCCUUUGUUUGUACAUUACGUUUUAAUGGUAAUGUUGCAUGUGAGUGUCGAAUGACGACAGGGGAAGUCGGUGAUGCUUAAGUCUAUAUCAGUUUAGUGUCUUCAAAAGCAAGGGUUUUACCCUUAGUUGUUCGCCAACUGAAGUGAACAAUGUCAUAUACAGGAAGCAAUUAAUACCAACAUGAAUCCCCCGUGAGUCACACACUCACGCACGCACGCAAGCCUGAUUGAACAAGCGCGAGCUCUGAAUAGCCGAAAAAAUCUGCAGAUAAUUCUUCAAGCCCCUCGCCCGCACUCUUACAGUUUAUGCAACAACUCCGUUAUCGAUCCGUUACAUGUUUUACAAAUAGUCAGUUUGUUUUCACCCUAGUUAUAAUCUUCCGCCUUCACAAAGGUGACGGUGUGGCCGGAAAUGCUUAUAGCGUUGACUCAUUUAAGUCUGUAAUUAUACAGGAAUGAGGCUCGCUUGUCACGCUAGAUACAACAACAAAUAAACAACUUACUAAAGAAAUGAAACAAUUUCCCAACAAAAUUGAUCUACAUAUAAUAAAACCUUUGCAAAAUACUCAGAGGCUUUCUGCAGACCAUGCCGCUCAGUCAGCGAGAACGUUCCAAGUGGCACUUAAGAGAACAACUGUUUUUCUCAAGUGACUAAAAAAACCGUCAGACACUCCUUAUUGCUUCGCCCAUGACGAGGAAUGUGCUACUUGCAAUCUAAAGUGAGGCGAAAUCUCCUUCAAAUUUCCAUUUCACGUCAGUCACUCAUCCACAUAGUGACAAGAGAACUCGCCAGACGUUGGCUUUUGCUGCCUCUUCGGACAAGGUCUCAGCUUACUGAAAACCAGCGGAAUGGCCUCUUCUAAAGAUUCCGCGUCUGGUCAGGCGUGGCGUGAUGAGCUACAGAGUUUUCUACCCCAUGCAUUGGACUGUGUAGAUCCAAACUGUCUACGUCCUCUCUGUGUCAACUUGAAACUUACUUUGAGGCACGUGCAGCUCUGUGAAAAGGUAGACAAGUGUACCAUCUGUCAAGGAAUGAAGUCCCUCGCUGCAACUCAUUCCAAUUCCUGCAGGGACUACUAUUGCCGUGUGCCAUUCUGCAUGGAAGCCAAGGUGACAACACAGCAGCAGAUGCUCAUGGAUGAAUUGGUGAAAACAUUUGAUCCAGGGUUUAACCGCUCAAACGAAGAUGACAGUCUUCAAAUGAAAGUGGGGGGUCAAGAAUGUGGAAAAGAUAAUGUCUCCGGGACUAAAGUCAAUGACCACCCUGUCGUUCCACUUACAAGAAACGCAACACCGAAAGCAGUUGAUCAGGAGAUGCUGCUGAAUGCAGAGGGAUGUCCUGAGCAGAUAAAAUCUUCAGUUGAAGACACAAUCGGGCCUGAGACACAGUAUCCUGCCGGGCCUGUUACAAAACUCGCAACACCGAAACCAUUUGAUGAGGAGGUGCUUCUGAGUAGAGACGAAUGUCUUGAGGAGAUACCAUCUUCAGACACAUUCUGGCCGACGACACAGUAUUCUCAAUCUGGCUGCAAAAUAGCUACGGAAGUUCCUGUGUCAGUGGAAUCUCUUCAGCCACAAUGGAUGGAAACUUCGCCACUCAUUUCAAGCCCGAAGCCUCCAACGUACUCCCAGCCUACUGCUCAGGUACAGUUACAUGAAAGUUUAUCGGUCAGCAGUGAAACGUCCAGCCCACGACCUUGGUGUGAACAGGUACCAUCUGCAACAGCAGAAGCAGCAACAGAUCCUGCGAACAACCAUUCCCAGGCAGGAACAAAACGAAAGUUACAGAGUUUUAUCUCUAACAACGAGUCCACUACACCAUCCAAGAUUCGUCGACGUGCUGUCUCUAGAGAAUCAAGCUCUCAAAAACAGGAUCGUCCCGAGGUUGAAAUUGUAGAGAGCAACUUAAUACGACAAUUGUCCCGAAAAGUGAGUGGUGCUGCUAGUUCAAGAGACAACAAAAACCAUCAAAAAAGAAAACCAAGAGAUAACGAUUUCUCGCCAACGAUGCCGUCAAGACAUAUUACUAUUAAGCAGUCUAAACAGGCAAGCACAACGCCAUUGUCAUCACUUCCAGUCCAUUACACAAAGAAGAGCUCCCUGUCAAAGACCUCAACUCCAAAGCCUGUGGCUCGAGGUGUCCAAGUUACCAAAGACCCUGUAAAGGUUUGUCGUGGCUUGUCUGAGUCUUCCAAAAUGAACUUUCGCCCAGUUUUUCAGGAUGAAGACCAGAUAACUGGUGAUUCAGCUGACUGUUAUAUCGAUGAGAUGUUCUCCACACCACCUCCAUCCCCAACAUUUGAAAUGUGGCUUGGCGAGACCAAUGGCAGUACCGCAAUGAAGACGGUCCUUUUAGAAACCCUGUUUCAACUUCUUGGCGUUAUAACUCAGCCAAAAACAGAACAGCAGGAAGCUGUUUUCGUUGACCUGUUAGAAAGGACACUUCGUGUCAUGAAAACAGAGAUAGCAAAGUAAUUGCAGGAUUUAAAAAGCACUGUGUGACUAUAAAGGACAAGAAAAGCCGAGGAAACCGUUCCUUUAGUUUUAUUAAUCUUUAAAAGCUACGGUUUUCUAAGCUACGGAUUGAUGUUUCGACUCAUUUCUUUUUGUUCAAGUGUUAUAAGCCGUUGUUUUCAGAGAAAGAAUCAUGGGUUGAUUUUCCAUUCGUACAAAUAUGAUAAUUUCACAAUUUGGCGAGUGUUUAAGUUAUGCUUUGGCGAAGAUUGUAGCUGGGCUUCAAUUCGGUAACCAGUGAUAAAAGAAAUUUUAUUUUUCCUGGUGAGGUGCCCGAGCCCAAACCAAAUAAGUGUUAUACGUUAGCCCUUCUUGGGUAGGCUACAUAGCAGCUUACAGGUCUAUGAUCAAUUGUCACUUUUCAGAGCAGUGUGUUUAUUGAGUUUGAUAAUAAUUCUUUUUAUAAAAGAAUCACAGUACACCACAUUUAAUGGUGCGAAAAAUAGCUAUAUGCUUAUCAAUUAUUUUUUAAUUCUGUGAAAAAGAAAGUUGUAUUUAGUGUGUGAUUCUUAAUAAAACGAGUGUUUUAAAGUUAACUCGAAAUUGUGUUGUGUUGCUUUUCAUCUUUUCAAGACUAACCGCAUUGGCCUUAAAACCAGAGUUUACAUGCGGCCACGAAGAAGCCGAUUUUUAAUCCAUGUUAGAAAAGCUAAGACAACUUUUAACGCAACUUUUGUUGCGGCAACGGUCGGCAACGGUAUUUACACGAUACGAUUUUUAACGCAACAUUGAAAAUUUGUCGCAAGUUUUUUAAUCACUUUCAAAAACCUGCAACAUGUUGCCGGAACAAAAUGUUGCGUUUUAAGUUGCCCUGUGCGCCAUGUUGCACGAUAUCGAUUUUUAGCUCCUCCCUACUUUUUUGCCCUAUUUCUCCCUCUUCCCAACUUUUUUUGGCGCCAUUUUUCCCUCCUCCCUAUUCUGUUCC